AUGCGUGGGAUUACAACAGUUGAAGCCUUCGCUGGACAAAGAGCAGUGCCUCCAUGGGAGUACUCAACUCAAGAUGUCUUCCAUUUCGGAAAAGAUUACAACCGACACUCAAAGCUCCAAGGACAUGAAAAGGUUAGUGCCAAUAGAAUGCUGCAGGAUAAAUUGGUGCAGUUUUUGGAAGGUCAGGAUGAGUGGAAGCAACUGGGUGGUAGGGAUCAUUUGAUUGUAGCCCACCACCCAAAUAGCAUGUUAUUUGCAAGAAAUAAGUUGGGUUCCGCCAUGUUCGUGCUUUCAGAUUUUGGGAGAUACUCCAGAAAAAUAGCAAACCUUGAAAAGGAUGUAAUUGCACCUUACAAGCAUAUGGUGAGAACGAUUCCGAUUGCUAACUCGCCGUCAUUCAGUGAACGGCCUAUGUUGAUGUAUUUCCGAGGAGCAAUUUACAGGAAAGACGGUGGAGCCAUCCGUCAAGUACUAUACUACCUACUCAAAGAUGAGAAAGACGUUCACUUUGCCUUUGGAAGUGUUCAGGCUAAUGGGAUAAAACAGGCAGGGAAAGGGAUGGCCUCUUCCAAAUUCUGCCUGAAUAUUGCUGGAGACACCCCUUCUUCAAAUCGUCUCUUUGAUGCCAUCGCUAGUCACUGUGUUCCUGUAAUAAUCAGUGAUGAAAUUGAGCUACCCUUUGAAGAUGUUCUCGACUACUCAGAAUUCUGUGUAUUUGUCCACUCAUCUGACGCUGUGAAAAAGGGUUAUCUUCUUAAUCUCCUGAGAGGUAUCGAGCAAGAGAACUGGACGAAAAUGUGGGAAAGACUAAAGAAGAUCAGUCGACACUUUGAGUAUCAGUAUCCAUCUCAGCCCGGUGAUGCUGUGGAUAUGAUUUGGCAGACUGUUUCACGCUACAAAAAAAGGACGAAAACCCUAAUGCGUCAUUACUUAAUCGUAAGCUAA